CGCGCCUGGAACUUCUUGACUCGAGAGAUUUUUUUUUAAAUGAGAGAGAUUUUCUACAACAAAGUCUGACCGAAAUCAGUUACGCUGUUUUUAAAGUCAUUGACUGAUGAAGCAUCAAGAGCUGCCAAAGCGUUCAGUCUUCUGAGAGUUGAUUGACGGAAAGUAGGAGAAUGAAGAACUGAACAAAGAGGAGGAGAAACCUUUGAGUCACUCUCAAACCAAACAGAGAUUUAAAGGAAUUAGGAAACAAGAAAUCUUUCACCUGCACUCAGUGUGAAAAUAGUUUGACAAGCAAAUAUAGUCUAGAUGUACACAAGUGUUCAUAAUGCAGAGAAACCGUUCACAUGUGAUCAGUGUGGGAAGUGUUUCGCACAAUCAUCAAACCUUAAGGUUCACAUGUACAUUCACACUGGAGAGAAGCUGCAUGAAUGUGAUCAAUGUGGAAAACGAUUUUUGUGGCCUUCAGCCCUGAAGAGUCACCUAAAAGUACAUAUGAAGGAGAAACCACAUUCAUGUUCUUUGUGUGGAAAGAGUUUUCCACAACUACAGAGUUUAAAACUACAUCAGAAGAUACACACUGGUGUGAGAGAUCAUGUGUGCUUAGAGUGUAAGAAGACUUUUAUUAGAGCUGAGCAUUUGAAACGGCACCAGAGGAUCCACACUGGAGAGAAACCUUACAAGUGUUCACACUGCGACAAGAGAUUCAGUCGGUCAGGAAUCCUGAAAUCACAUGAGAGAAUCCACACUGGAGAAAAACCUUACACAUGCGAUCAGUGUGGGAAGAGUUUCACACACAAAGGAGGCCUUAGGGUGCAUAUGAGAGUUCAUACAGGAGAGAAGACAUUUACUUGUGAUCAGUGUGGGAAGAGUUUUACACAAUCAUCAAAACUUAAGCAACACAUGAACAUUCACACUGGAGAGAAGCUGUAUGAAUGUGACCAAUGCAGCAAAACGUUUUUGUGGGCUUCAGGUCUGAAGAGUCACCUAAAAGUUCAUACAAAGGAGAAACCAUAUUCAUGUUCUUUAUGUGGAAAGUGUUUUUCACAUUUCCAAAAUUUAAAACUUCAUCAGAAGAGACAUACUGGUGUGAGAGAUCAUAAGUGCUUUGAGUGUAAGAAAACUUUUAUUACAGCUCAACAUUUGAAACGGCACCAGAUGGUCCACACUGGAGAGAAACCUUACAAGUGUUCACACUGCGACAAGAGAUUCAGUCAGUCGGGAACCCUGAAAUUACAUGAGAGGAUCCACACUGGAGAGAAACCGUAUCACUGCACUGCAUGUGGGAAGAGUUUCAGCCAAUUAUCAAAUCUACACACACAUACAAAAAACAAUGACAAUUAGUAGAUCAUCCUCAGAUCCAGCAUUUUCAGAUGUGACACAAUAUUGCAUAAAGAAAUAAAAUAUCUUCUGUAUAAAUCUGUGCUAAAAAAGAAAUAUCAUCCCAGUGAAUAAAGUUCAUC